CGGUCGAUCGGACACAGAUAUCACACUGAGUUAAUGUACCCUUUAAUCGAAUAUUGUCCACCUCUACGAAGCAGUGAAGAAAAUUAUAGCGUGGUUUUUUCGAUUGAAAAACAAUUAAAAGUGCAACAAACAGUGAGCAAAACAAAGUCCAACCAACUCUGCCGUGCAUGCCAAGUCAUCAGCGUUCCGCGAGUCCAGCGAAGAUUGAUCUUGUUUCACCCAGCCUGAAAGUGUCACCGCCAAGACGUACGUGCGAAAAAUGUUUUGGGACAAGGGUUAUGCGCCCUCCGCGAAUAUAGAGGCGCUGCUCGAGAAGGAGACCUCCACGCUGGAGGAAUUUCUGGAUGAGGAGGACAUACUGCAGGAGUGCAAGACGCAAAAGAAGAACCUGGUCAACUACUUUACACGUCCCGAGGUCAUCCGGCGUCUGGUGGAGCUGAUCACGACCGAGCCCUCUGAAGAUGUGCCCAUGUCGCAGCGAUUCCGCUAUGCAAACAUGUCCUGUGAGAUACUCACACUCGGCCUGCCGUCCCUGGAUGAGAAGCUACUGAACGACGCGGAGACGCUGCACCUGCUGUAUUCAUAUCUGGAAAAGGAACCACCGUUAAAUCCAUUGCUAUCGUCGUUUUUUAGCAAAACGUUUAGCAUGCUCUUUACCAAAAAGCCUGAACAAGAUUGGUUUUUGUAUCAACACAUGUGCCUACAACUCCUGGAGUAUAUUAAAUCGCAGAAGACCUUUUUGGAUUUCAUUUGUAAACACUUUGACACACCGGUUAUACCUGAUCUAAUAAUGCAGAUGAUGAAGGACAUCGAUGGUGGGCGACUCAAGCGGAACCUUUUCGAAUGGCUAACUGAAGAUAAAAUUGUUGAGAGACUGAUUGCAAUAUUGCGUAAUCCUCAAGAAACCGACAAACAUGCAAAUGUUGCCGACUUUUUCUGUGAUCUUAUUAACCAAGGGCGCCUAAUGCGCCAGACCGAGCAGGAGAACGAUUCUUUUGAGCCGGCCUUCGAUGGAUCCAACCCCAUACUGAAGACGAUCGAAUCUGCGGACACAAUUGAAGCCUUGUUAAAUGUGAUUUUGGAACCAAACGCUCAGGAGAGCGCCAUCUUAUCAGGAAUAUCGGUUGUACUUACGCUAAUCAAGCCAAUUACCUUCACAGAUGAGCCAAACUCGGAUCGCCAGCGAUUGUUGCAAAAGCGCGAACGCGAAUUCCACCAGGAAGUCCAGGAGACUGUGAUCACUGUGAUGGCGCCACGCCUCCAGGAAUUUGUCCACAUACUGAAAAACCCGCCUGCGAAACCCACGCUAGAAACCACGGCCGCCGUGUUGUCGCCCCCAUUUGGCAACACUCGACUGCAAGUGUGCCGAGUGUUCACCGCCCUGCUGGAGACCAAGCAUGAGACAAUUCAACAGGCAAUCUGCGCGACUGAGUACUUCAGCUUGUUGCUGGACUUCUUCAAGCAGUACUGCUGGAACAAUUUCCUGCACACAGAGAUGGAAAAGGCCUUGCAUGUGGUCUUUUACAACGAGCUGUCCAACAACAACACCGCAUCCACGGAGGUUACGGACUUCUUCACUGCCGACUGCCUAAUUAAUGCCUUUUUGAAGGUGGGCACGGAGGAGUCCGAAGUCGAGAUGAAGAACGCUCUAAACGAUGCUAAGCGAGCGGAAGGUGUCAGGGAUGAGGAAGGCGGCGACAUCGAAAUCGAAGUGGCAGCAGCGCAGGAAGUGGCUGCCCAGACCCACGAUGAUCGACUGUCAACUGCAGAAGAAAACCAAGAACAUGAAGUACACAAGGGUCAAGUGGAAACCGCAGAUGAAGCAACAGCUUCUGAGGAAGCAGAACCCAAAGUUCAGGGUAAUUGUGAAGUGGAUGGUGAAUCUCCAGCUGAUCAGCAGGAUUCGGAGCCAACGCUCAAUGAUCUCGACAAGACCAAGACCGUUCCCAGUGCCCCGCCCUCUGAAAUGCAAACACAUUUAAUUGUAAACUGUCAUCUGGUAUCCAAACUGGUCGACUUGUGGCAGCACAAUGCGCAGGCGCAAUCUGCUGAGAAAGGUCGACGUCUGGGCUAUAUGGGCCACCUCAUUAAAAUUCUGCGUCACAUUACGAAUUGUAUAUCAGAAUCUGAACAUAUCGGUGAUCUGAUCACCACCAGCUUAAGUGACGAAGCCGAGCUUAAGCUGUGGCAAUCGUUGAUCGAUGCGGAAAUUGGCGAGUUUUCGCUGGCGGUUAAACAGCAGACCAAGCUCCUGGCCGACUGCAAUCCGCACGAGGAUAAUGAGUAUAAUGUAGGCUCCAAGGACUAUAUGAGCGAGACAAAUGCUUGGGAUAUUGGAACAGUUUCGUACAGCAACGUGGGAUAUAGUGAUCUAGAUAACACGUUGCAAGACGUCGUAUUUACCAUGGGCAAUGAUCAGAAUCUGUUCCAGUUUGGUCAAAACAUUGAUGAUGAAGAUGAUGACGAUGAUGAGCAUGGUGACCAUUCGGGCGGUGGUGAUGGCCAUGGGCACGGCAUGUUCACCAAAAAUUCGAUGACGCUUAGCAACUUAACUGAUCCCUGGGACGUGUUUUCCGACAUUCCCAGCGUUUCUGCGCAGGUCAACACGGGCACUGCCAACUGGAUCACGGAUUUCAAUGCGGAUAACUUUGCCGACUUCAAUGCACACUUUAGCACCUUCGGCAGUGAUCUGGGUAUGCCCAUAACUGCACCGCCAGGUGAAGAAGAGGAGGAGGACUCUUCCCCAGCGCCGGUAUCUGCUACAGAGGUGAUCCAAGGGGAGGAACGCCAACCCGCUGAAUCUAUUGGACUCGCUGUGGUUAAGGGCGCCCAGGAUAAUUUAGCGCGUACGGACGAUCAGCAGGCUGAGUACGACAAUAAUGCCAACGUGGAGAAGGCCAUCAGCGAUAAGCUGGCAGAGUCGAGCGUGGUAGAGACUGCAGCAAUUGUAACUCGACUGCAAUCCGUACUGCUGGACGGCGAGGAUGACUAUGAGGACGAUGAGGGAAUGUGGACCAAGCCACUGGGUGCGGAUCGUCCUGCGGAGACCGAGCAAAUAACUCCCAUUUCAAAUGGACCAGUCAGCAAAAUUAAUGAAUUCAAUCAUGCUAACGAUAACAGCAGCAACAACGUGGAUGGCCACGAAGCCAACAUCACAGCGGAGCAGCAGAAAUUGGCCGCUGCCGCCAAAACGAACAAUGUAGAAAUUGCAACUACGACCACAUAAAUGCACUUCCUCACACCACACAUCAUUCAACCGCUUUUGUGUCGACGUGAAAUUGUAAAAAUGCCUUUGAUUUGCUCUUUGGUCAUUAUCAUGCAUACAUAUUUAUAUAAAUAUAUACCACAUACUACUACUAUACGUACAUAUAUAGCAGGCUGCAUAGUACAACAAAAGAUUUGUGUAUUAGCAAAAGGUCCAAGCCCGCCCAAAACCAAAAUGCAAAUUA